AUGGACAAGGGGAGGAGGUGCGAUUGGCUGUCCCAUGCAAAAGAUCAGCCCUGGUCUGCAAUACAAAACCAGGCGGACUGCACUCGCCAGUUUACAAAAGACUAGCUGAGAGGAGUGCACGAGUCCAUCACACACCCCGAACACCCAAGCUGCGGGCGCUGUCUCUACUGGCAAAGGGACGUCAAGUAACGCAGACCACUCGCUCUUUAUUCGCUCUGCGUAGAGGCUUUCAACACAUUCACUGCUUCCGAAAGCUCCCGUCUGCUGAAAUCAUUAUAGGGAAAACUUGUACUUCUAUUUUUAACAUCUCAGGAAUGGCUGAGCUUUACUACUUACUAGUGUUGGUAUUUGGUUUCAGCUAUCCUUGUUUUGGAUCCCGUGUUUUGCUGAAACCCGAUUUUGCCAAAAUAAGAAAUGCGGAUGGGACUGAAAGUGCGCCGAACACCCGAAAACCCUUCAGCGACCUGUCCUCUUACAACUCGGCAUCUGAACACAUGGCGAUGCUCUACACCAAGUACAACUCGGCAGACUUCACCUUCAGGGAUGGCAAUACGGUUCGCAGUUUUACAGCCCACUGGGGCACUAUGAAUAAUAAAGUACUUUUGAUAUUUAAUCUGACUUCUCUUACACAGUCUGAAGAAAUUCUUUCAGCCACAUUACAUUAUUGCAUAGGACACCAAAAUAGCAAUACCCAGGAGUGCAGGCCACCCAAAUUCUGUGCUUACCAAAGAGGCCGACACCAAAUCCCUGUUCGCUUGGACCUUUGGAGCUUUGAUUCUAGCCGUAAUCACUCCAGGAAUAUGGGAAACUUCUUUAUUAAUGUCACUUCUGGCAAUUGCAAAUCUGUACCAUGGCAAUGGAGGGACAUCACUUUCAUUAUAAAUGAAGCCAAACGAAAGAGUGAACUUUUGAUUGGCAUUGACAUUUCUUUACAAGGAUUAAAUCAGCGCAAAAAGGUGUUUUCUCAUCCCUUUCCCUACAUCCUGGUAUAUGCAAAUGACUCUGACAUUUCAGAGGCAGAGAAUGUUGUUUCUUCAAUCCAAAACAGUGAAGGACCUCUCCCACCUGGUCUUCACAGGCUGGAAGUCCACCAGCAGUCUGACCCUUCUCAACGGAGGAUAAAACGUUCCACUAAUGUUCUUCUGCCUCUGCAGAAUAAUGAGUUGCCUGGUGCAGAAUAUCAGUACACUGAGGCUCAAGCCUGGAGAGAAAGGAACCCUUAUAAAACCCUGGAAGCCCGGCCAACAGAGAAGCAAAAAAACAAAAAAAAGCAACGAAAAAGUAAUCGGCACAAAGUACAGAUGCUUCAGUUUGAUGAGAAAACUUUGAAAAAGGCGCGGCGAAAGCAAUGGAAUGAGCCCAGGAAUUGUGCACGGAGAUACCUGAAGGUAGAUUUCGCUGACAUUGGCUGGAGUGAGUGGAUUAUUUCACCGAAAUCAUUUGAUGCGUACUAUUGCUCUGGAUCCUGCCAAUUCCCCAUGCCAAAGUCCCUAAAGCCAUCAAACCAUGCCACCAUUCAGAGCAUCGUGAGAGCCGUGGGUGUUGUUUCUGGAAUACCUGAACCCUGCUGCGUGCCUGAAAGGAUGUCAUCUCUCAGCAUAUUGUUCUUUGACGAAAACAAAAACGUUGUCCUCAAGGUCUAUCCCAACAUGACUGUGGAGUCCUGCGCUUGCAGAUAACACAUCGAAGAGAAGUAUUUACUUGGCCUAAUCUCAGUCCAGUUUGGAAGUUUCCCCUUCUUUGCACUGGAAGUGAUUUUUUUUGAAAUGCAAGAUGAAGAGAUCCAGUUUUUGCAGGUUUAAGUGGUAUAAAGCACCGCGUUUUUCAAUUGUUAUCAUUCUUGGGUGCUUCUCAUGAAAGUUUUUGAGAGAGGAAAUAAUGAACAGCUGCUUGACUCUGAAUGAUAUCCUCUAAUUAUUUUAAAGGCCAAUCUUUUAAAAUGUGUUCUAUAAAACAGACUAAUCAUACACCAGUGCUGAAUGCAAAGCAAUAUCCAUAUAUACACACAUUAAUAUAAAAUCAUCCUAAAGCUCAUGAAGGCCAGCUCUCUUUUGGAUCCAAAGCAGACAUGUGAGGGUCUAAUGAACUGCAGCUGGUUGACUCUUUGUUUUUUUUUAUUUGUUAAUAAUGAAGGUGUUCUAUAUAUUGUACAGUGUAACCAUAAAAACAGUAUAAAAGUAUUGUGUAUUUUCCAUUAAGACCCUGAGGGCCUUAAUUUAUAGUUCUUAAUUACACUUUAAACAUUUUUUUUUUUUGGUGCCAGUGUUUCAUAUUUUAUAAGCGUUAAAAUAUAAUCUAUCAUUUACAUUUCAUUGAAAUCAGGAACAUCUUUUCUAAUGCAUAGAGUAUUUUAAACUAUUUAUGGCUGCUAUACAGGUAAAAUAAGUACCAAAAUAGUUAAAAACAAGAGAUCAUAAUUUUGCUUGGUUCCAAAUAAGAUGCAAUACUGUGACAGGUAUGUGCGAUUUCUUGUAAUUUCAGUGUUCAUGACUUGUCUCUGCUUUGUAUCUAUGGUAAAGAUGGAGGUCCCACAGGCAGGUAGUAAGUUCAAGCUCUUGCAUUCUUGGCUGUAUGUUCACAGUGAAGCACACAUGCAGGCAUUUCAUACCAGAAUAAUACUCCGUAAGAUCCCACUUGGUACAACAAAUGUACCAAAUCAUCCUUUCGUUUUUUACUUGCAAUUUUUCCUAAGUACUCUAUCUAAAAUGAGCAGCAACAGACUUCACUUUCUGCUAAUCAUGAUAGCCGAGCACUACUUUUUUGCCUUUUCUAUCGGUCACUUUGCCAAAAACAGAGGGAGCAAAGUUCAGUAAAGGAGGAUGGCUGUUGAUCCUCACGCUCAUCCUCAUAUACUAUUGUCAAAUGUUGAACUCUCAGAAAAAAAAAUCCAUUUAACUACCUAGUGAUAUCUUGUCACAUCCAGGAUCCCAAACAAAACACCAGACCUCCCUAACAGUAAAAACAACUACCGCAUAUACUGACGUUUAAGUUCUCCUGCAGAUAAGUUGGGGCUUGAUUUUACCAUAUAAUUUCUGGAAUUUUAUAAUGUUGGUUGUAUAAAUUGAAUGCGGAAAACUCACACUAUUGGUCCAAGAGAUUAUGAUAUGCUAACUCCCACCUGAGAGAGUAACCACGGAGAACACUGCCUUUUUUUUCUAUGUAUUGUGCCUACGUGACCACACGGUAAUACCCAAACUAUUCCAGAGCGACGUUUGCACUGUUUUGUGUGUUUUUGUAUCUCACACCCUCAUACACCUUUAUGGUAAGAUUACCUAUUAUCUACGAUGGAGCGUUCGAUCAGAAGAAAAUAUGAAGCUGGUUUUAACUUAAAAGUUGUUGAAGUGGCGAAAGAAAUUGGUAACUGCGCUGCUGCAAUAAAAUUCGAUGCAUCUGAGAAACUGGUGCGAGACUGGAGAAGGCAAGAAGAUGUUAAAAAAAAAUUAAGUGUCAUAUAUUUGAACAGGCAUAUAAGUCAGGGUCUGAUUUUAUGAUCGAUUUUUCAGGUUUCAAGACCCGACUGAUACGCGAGUAUAUACGGUAUGUGGUUUCCUGUUUUAUCCAUUUUACUUCCUUCUGUGAUAAGCUUAAUAUUAGUGAGGCUUCGAUUAUGCUCAGUAUAUUUAAAUUUAAUGGUUAUGUCAAAAUGUUAUAUUUAAAGGCCCACAAUCAAUCAGCACCAUCUCAAGAUAUUUUUUUCAAAUUAUAUAAGAAAAAGAAGAACAGUGCAAUACCAGAUAAUACAGAACAUUGUAAACACAUUCAAAUGAAGAACCCUGGAACGAAGCUAGAAAUGCUCAGAAACAGAGGAAGAAAUUAACUGAACACAAAUUCAAAUGCAGUACAUAAAGUGCCUGCACACGUUUCUAGCUGUAAUGCAUUGAUCGACAUAAUUAAAGCACAUGUCAUUUGCAUACGUGAAUACACAAAUUAACAAAGUUUAAAAGAGCAACUGCAAUUUAAUUACUGUAAACAAAACAUUAUAAUACAAUGGACAAUUGAGAUAUUACUAGUUAAGAACAAGGGAGAGGAAAACUAAACUCUUUGAAAAGCAUCUCUGAAGGAAAUAAACCUCUGGGUAGUCCAC